AUGCUCCUCAGUUGCGGGGUUGCUUUCAUAUCUUACCUGGAUCGCGCAAUUCUUGGCGUUACAAUCCUUCCAAUGGCAGCAGAAUUGGGCUGGGAUGAAUCCUUUGAGGGCGCCAUAAGCAGUGCUUUCUUUGUGGGCUACACGAUCACAAAUGUGGCAGCUGGCUGGCUUUGCAUGCGGCACACUGCGGUGACGGUGCUUCAGAUUGGGGUGUGGAGCUGGAGCCUCUUCACAAUGUUGACGCCUGCUGCUGCAAGAACCAGCAGGUGGCUCAUGGUGUUCACAAGGUUCCUCACAGGCGCUGGGGAAGGUGUCACCUUUCCAGCCCUCCAAAUGGUGGUCAGCAAUUGGGUGACCAUGCAAGAUUGUCGGCGGCUCAUCAGAGACAUUGGAUGGACAGGAGCCUCACUGGGGACGAUUACAGCAUAUGCUACAGCCCCUUUCAUUACAGAGCAGUAUGAUUGGCCUGCGGUCUUCACAAUCUAUGGUCUUGUGGGUUUUGUCUGGACGCUUCUAUGGUCUCUGCUGGUGACGGAGAAGCCUUUGGUGGAAGUGCAUGACUCCUUGGAAGAAACAACAAAGGAGCAGGAAGACACCUCAAAAGAUAUUCCAUGGACAUCUUUCGCCCGGUGCUUACCCUUGUGGGCAAUCAUAAUUGUUGAAACAUCCUCAGGUGUGGGGCAUUACAUGUGUUUCUUCUGGCAGCCCAGCUAUUACAGCGAGGUCUACGGUGAAAGCCUGCAGAAUGUAUCGCUGUACAGCAUCAUACCCUUUGUCGCUGCAGCUGUGUCGACAAAUGUGGCUGGCUGGACUGCAGAUGCAUUGGCCAGUCACAAGUACAUGGGCAUGACGUCGAUCAGAAAGACCAUGCAGGGGAUUGCCUCGUUUGGACCUGCUAUCUGUCUUAUUCUGUUAUCCUUUGAUGGCAAGAGUGCCUUGCAUGCCAUGGGAGUGUUUACUGCCAUAACAUUCUUCGCUGGAUGCCAUGCGGCCGGAUCUGGGUCCCAGCAUCUGGACAUUAAUGCGCGCUACGCAGCUGUAAUGUACGGCCUCACGAAUGGUAUAUCCAGCAUGCUUGAAGCCGGAGGCAUAGCAGCCACAGGCAUCAUUCUGCACAGGACGCAGUCUUGGUUCAUCAUGUUCCAAGCCGUGGCUGCCUUCCACAUCUUUGGGGGGCUGGUGUACAUAGUUGCACGACACGGCUGGUCAAAAUUUGGACACGCAUUUGCGAACGUUCGCGACACCGCGACACCGCGACACGCGUGUCCAGACCUGAGGACGUUAGUAACCAUGCAAUUGGGUGAUGACUACAGGUUACUAAGGCUGACGGAACCUCAAAAAGCUGUUUCCGGACCCGACAACGCAUCAAAACACAUCGGAAAUGUCUCUAAACACCUUUACAAGCAUGUUAUAUGUGUUUGGGGUGUUGUUGGGUCAUUUCCCGGCGUCCAAGCGGCCAAAAACGGUCAGAAACGGUCAAACGUAACCCUUACGUAA